GAAAUGAGUUUGUUAAAGAGUUAAGAAGCAUAGUUGAGAUCCGCUUAUAGUUUCAUUCAUUCCCUCUUCUCUCUCUCUCUCUCUCUCUCUCUCUCUCUCUUUUGUUCUCAUCCCUCUUCUUCCUCACUUUCUCGCCGGAUUUUCCCGAGAAAAUCACAACCAUAAUUCCCGGGAUAAUUUCUUCAACCUCUAACAAAAAUUCCAUUCUCCGCAUCAAAUUCAGGUGCUGUAUAAUUGUUGGUGACUAGUGAGUAGAUACUGUUUGGUUUGAUUUUUCAUGUCGCUGGAACCGUUGGAUCGAAAGAGCUCGUUUAGGGAGAGGAAGCGCCACGAGAGUUCUGAGUCUUUUGGGUCUGUGGCUAGAUGGAGAGGAUCUUCUAAUUAUAACCGAUCGCGUGAGUUCAAUCGUGGUGGCGAUUAUCGGAGAGUAGGAGGUCAUCGUAAGCAGGGUAGUUGGCAGCUAUUUCCAGAAGAAUCUGGUCAUCGGCAUAUGAUUUCUCGAUCUUGUGACAGGAGACUGGAGGAAGAUAACUAUCGCCCGUCAUUCUCGCGAGGGGAUGGAAAUUACGGAAGGGGCAAUAAGGAAAGCAGAGGAGCCUUUAGCCAGAGAGAAUGGAGAGGGCGUUCAUCUGAAACCACAAACAAUUCUCUGAAUAUGUCGAGGAGGCAAACCAAUGCAAGUAAUGAUCGCAAGUCGGUCGAUGAUAUGCUAACAUAUUCCUCUCAUUCACAUUCUGACCUAGCAAAUACUUGGGAGCAGCAUAACAUGAAAGACCAGCAUGAUAAGAUGGGUGGUGUUAAUCGGUUUGUUACAGGCCAGAGAAAUGAUAGGGAUAGUUCUUUGGGUACAAUUGACUGGAAGCCCCUUAAAUGGACCCGGCCUGGAUGCUCCACUUCACGAGACUCGGGCUUUAGCCGCUCAAGUGGCAUGAGGAGCUUAGGAGGGACAAAUUCGAAGGGAAGCUGUGAAUGGAAGGUUGGGUUGCAACAAAAAAUUGCAACUGCUGUUGAGUCAAAUUCAGGGGAAGCUGCUACAUGUCGUGCAUCGUCUGCUCCAUCUGAAGAGGAAAAUUUGAGGAAGAAGCCUAGGCUAAAUUGGGGCGAGGGACUUGCAAAGUUCGAGAGAAAGCAUGUUGAGGGGCCUGAGGUAACUUCGAACAAUGAUGACCCUGUCUCACCUCCUUUCAGUAUGGAAACCAAUAAUUUCCUCAGUACUGGCUUAGUAGAUAGAAGCCCUAAACUUUCAGGACUCUCAGAGUGUGCAUCUCCUGCAACUCCAUCUUCGGCAGCCCGCAGCUCUUCACCAGCAGGUGCAGAUGAUAAAUUGUUUGGAAAAGCUGCAAAUGUGGACAGUGAUGUUGGUAACUUGAGUAGUUCACCUGUUCCUGGGUCUCAAAAUCAUCUGCAGAUGUUUUCUUUCAAUUUAGAGAAGGUGGAUAUUGACUCAUUGAUUAGUCUGGGCUCUCCACUUGUUGAGUUAUUACCACAGUCUGAUAAUCUGAACUCUGUGGAUUAUAGUUUAUUAAUUUCCACCACAAUGGAUAAGCUGCUGAUAUUGAAAGCGGACAUUUCAAAGGUAUUAGAGGUCACUGAAACUGAAAUUGAUUUACUUGAAAAUGAACUUAGAUCUCUAAAAUCUGAAUCUAAGGAUAGAUUUCAAUGUUCAGAAGCCGUUGGCUCUCUGCUAAUCCCCUGUACUUAUAGGCAUGUUGCCAAUGUCUCGGCUUGUGGUGAUAGUAAUUCAUCUUUGGAGGUUAAAGAUAGUGUAGAUGUUAAGUCUAGUGCGAGCACUGGGGAUAUUUUAUACGAUACAAUUAUUUCUUGCAAUGAAAAAACUGCAAAAGCAGCAUGUGAAGUGUUUGAUAAGUUAUUGCCUGAAAAAUGUUGCAAGAACGAGAAUAUUGGGGCUAGCAGUGGUUCAUCCUCUCAUAAUGGCACACUUAUUAAGGAAAAAUUUGCUGAGAGAAGACGAUUGGCAAGAUUGAAGGAGAGAAUUAUAACACUCAAGUUUAAAGCUUUGCAUCACUUGUGGAAAGAAGAUAUGCGUUUACUGUCUAUUAGGAAACACCGCCCAAAAUCUCACAAGAAACUUGAAUCAGAGCUACGCACCACCAGUAAUAGUCAUCAGAAGAAGCGGUCUUCUAUUCCUUUCCGUUUUCCCUUCCCUGCAGGAAACCAACUGAAAUUGGUUCCAACAUCUGAGAUGAUUAAGUAUACAAGCCAACUGCUUUCAGAAUCCAAACAUGAAAUUCACAGAAGCACCUUGAAGAUGCCAGCAUUAAUUUGGGAUCAAAAGGACAAAAUGUAUUCAAUGUUUUUAUCUAGCAAUGGGCUGGUUGUAGAUCCAGUGGCUAUUGAGAAAGAAAGGGCCAUGAUAAACCCUUGGACCGCAGAAGAGCAAGAGAUUUUCUUGGAAAAAUUUGCUGCCUAUGGAAAAGAUUUUCGAAAAAUUGCCACUUUCCUUAACCACAAGACAACGGCUGACUGUGUUGAAUUCUACUACAAAAAUCACAAGUCUGAUUGUUUUGAGAAAAUUAAGAAAAAAGAUGAUGACAAGCUAGGGAAAUUUUUCAAAGCCAAAACUGACUUGAUGGCAUCAGGCGUAAAAUGUAACUCUGGAGUGAAUGCUUCUUCACUUGAUAUUUUGAGUGAAGCUUCUUCAGUGAUGGCAGAUGACAUUGCACGUGAUCGGAAAAUGCGUUCAGGAAGUUCCUUAUGGAGGGGAUAUAAUAAUCAUAAUAAGUCAAGGGGUGACAAUAUCAUUACAGAGAGGCCGGACAGUUUUGAUGUUCUUCAAGAUGAAAGAGAGACUGUUGCAGCUGAUGUAUUGGCUAGUAUAUGUGGUUGUGUUUUAUCCGAGGCAACGAGUUCCUGCAUAACUAGUUCAGUCGAUCCUGUGAAAGGUAAAAGGGUCGUCAAGAAGUGCGUGAAAGUGAAGCCUCUAUCCAAAAAACCUCCAAUGCCAGAAAUUACUCAAAAUAUUGAUCAUGAAACUUGUUCCGACGAGAGCUGUGGUGAAAUGGAACUUACUGAUUGGUCAGAUGUGGAGAAGGCAGCCUUUCUUCAUGCUGUAUCAUUGUUUGGUAAGGAUUUUGCAAUGAUUGCACAGCGUGUCAGAACAAGAUCCCAAUACCAGUGCAAAGUUUUUUUUAGCAAGACUCAGAAACGUCUUAGAUUGAAUCACAUGGGUGACAGACCUGAAAAUGUUGGAUCACAGAUGAAUGAUGAUGUGGAUGGUGGCAGGAGUGAUGCAGAUAAUGCAUGCGUUGUAGAGACAGGUUCAGCCAAUGGCUCUGAUUCGUCAGGCACUAAAACAGGUGUGGACCAGCCUGAAUCUGAUAAGAACAUGUAUCAUGAUGAAUCCAAUCCUGUAGAAGCUAGCAACCUGUCAGCGGACUUGUAUACAUCAGAGGAAAUUAAUAGGAAAGUAGAUCAUGAAGAUGUAAAUAUGGUUUCUAAUGCAUGUGUGAUUGGUGGUGAGUCUAAACUGCGCACUGAUGAUAUUGUAGGUGUCUUGAAUGGUUCUGAUAAGUCUGGUUCUGUCCGGGAGCAGAGAGCUAUAGUUAUGUCAGAUGGCAUAGAAAUUGGAACAAAUGAACCAAUUGAAGGGGGAGGUGCAGUUACAGAAUUGGUGUCUGGUACGGGGACAAUGGAACCAUGCUACACUAAUUCUGUUGCUGAGGGUAGACUAGUUUCUGACGUUUCUUCUGCACAACAGGGAAAUGAAUUGGAGGGUUCAACUAUAUGUCUAGUUGAUAGAGAUGAAGCUGAUACAGAUGCUGUGAUUGAAUUGAAAGGCAACGUCCGCGAUUCAAGCACUUUGGUGAAUACUUCAUUAUCAUCUGUGGAUGUUUCUUGUCCAAGAUUAAGUGUUGAAGCUGAAAAUGAGCCCCAAAUAUGCCUUGAAAAACCUCAAUUCUCAGGAUCAUCAGAGGUCCCUCUCACAGAUCCAACAACUUCAACAUUGCAAUAUACUGAUGGUGCUGCUAUGCAAUACAAGAAACCAUCUAGCCAAGAUCUACCGUCUUGUGAUUUUCAGGGAAACCAAGAUAUGAUUGGACAUGAUUCCAGUAGUAAUCUUGGCCAUCAGCUUUGUAAUCCUGGGAAAUCACUGGACCAUGUUGAGGCUGCUAGAGUCCUUCAAUGCUAUAAUUUGCAAGUGCCUUCUGAUAAGGAAGUGAAUGUGAAGAUGAGCUGCAGCAGUUCAGCAACUGAGUUGCCACUUUUGUCCCAGAAGAUUGAUUUAGAAGAACCACCCAGAAAUGAUGUGAAAAUAUUCGGAAAGAUACUAACCAAUCCUUCAUCCACCCCGAAGCCUAAUUUAAGUGCAAAGGGAAAUGAAGAAAAUGGUACCCAUCUUCCGAAGUUAAGCAGUAGCUCUUCUAGUCUGAAAUUAACCGGCCAUGAUAAUACUGGUGGAAAAUCAACUAUUUUGAACGUUGAUCUUAAUGACUGCCGGGUCUUUCAGAAUGUUCCUGUUAUAAGAAGCUACAGCGAUGGGAACAAAAUACAGCCUGUUUUCUCAUCACUCCCUGAUUCUGCCAUUUUGCUUGCCAAAUAUCCAGCUGCAUUUGGUAGUUAUGGUCUUGAAGCAGUCUCAAGUUUACAGCAGCAGGUUACAGAAAUGGUAUCAUCAAAUGGUAUUGGUGAACCAGGGAUUCUUGCAGGUGGAUCCAAAAGUGUUGCCUCAGAUCCAAUAGCAGCCAUCAAAACACAUCAGACCAAUGCUGACCAGUUUGUGGGUCAAACUGGGAAUGCAAUAAAAGAUGGUGAACCUGUAGGAGAGGAAAAGGAUUUGAAUAGUUAGAUGUAUUCAGCAGCAACAGUGCACUGUAUUAUAGUUUUUCUUAAGCCUGAUUUAUUUUUUAAAUUAUGUAAUGUAAUAGGUGACUGAUAAUAAUUUUCAUAUGGCAACAGCCAUGUUAUUAUUGUUGUAUUUUAUAGGAAUUCUUGAAUAAUUUCUGAAAAUAUUUAUGAGCAAUUGCCAUUUUGGUUUGUGAAA